AGGAGAACUGGGAUCAAAUACUAUUUGAAUUCUCUCAAAUACUGUUUUGCCUCCUGUGAACUUUGCCAUGAGGAAUGACAGGCUUCGGAGUCUGCCGGUAUGCCACUGCCUUAUAACUGGUGUACCUUAUUUAUGAAGUCAGCGGCACAGACCAGGGGAGGAGGGACUUUGCAAAUUGAGUGAGUGAGAGUGUGUGUGAGAGAGCGAGACCAAAACACACAGUGAAAUAGACGGAGGAAGAAAGAGAACAAGGUGAGCCAAGGGAGUAGGAGAGUCUUGGGUUACAGGAGCGUUAAGGCGGUUGGGUUUGUUGGCGAGGAUCAUAGCAGGGGAUCUAUUUGUCCUCUGUCUGUAUCCCUCCCGACCGUGGACCCCAGGAGAGUUAGGGGCCGGUGGGCCAGAGGGGACAAGGGCGUGGGGUAGCAUGGGACAGAGUGCCAGCGACGCAGAGACAGUGCCCCGGCAACACCAACCGCAACCUGCUCAACACAACACUGAUGAUGAGGUGGACUUGCAGCAUAGUACGACAGGGAGCGAGGGGGGGAACUCAUCAGGUGAAACCCCUCCCUCCAAACGCAAGGGCAAGUUCUCCAGCUUCGGCAAUAUGUUCAAGCCCUGGAAGUGGAGGAAGAAGAAGAGCAGUGAGACGUUUCUGGAAACCUCAAUAGUGUUGGAGAGGAAGAUCUCGGUAAGGAGACCUCGUCAGGAGCUAAUCGACAGGGGAGUGCUGAAAGAACUUCCAGAGAAUGAGAGCAACGAUGUGAACCACUCCAAAGUUCCGGGGGUGAAGAAUGGCCAGCCAGUAUCCAUGGACGUUGACCGGGUCUCAGAGUCAGGGGUCAGGGGGUCGCGGGGGGAGCCAGGCCCAGGGCUCAACCCCACUUGGCUGCCCCAGGGAGUGGACCCCCGGCGGGGCACUGUCCCUUCAGAUGACCCCCGGAGCAGGAGCAGGGUGCCCUCCGAUGCCUCUCGCUCCAACCGAGCCCCACUGGACGUAGACUCGCACGCCAGGCUAUCGGCCAUAGAUCUGGAGAGACGGAGCAGACUGCCCUCUGACGUGUCGGGGGAAAGGAGGAAAGGAGGGUCACUACCGAGAGGACCUGCUCCUGAGGAUGGGAAGCACCGGAGAGAGGGGAAAGAGGACAAGCGAGAGGAGAGGAGAGAUGGGAAAGAGGAGAGGAAAGGAGAGAGGAGAGAUGGGAAAGAGGAGAGGAGAGCGGAUGGGAAAGGGGAGAGGAGAGAUCCUUGUGAUGAGAGAGAAAGAAAGGAACAGAGGGAGGAGAGAGACCGGGAGGGAGGCGAACGGAGGGAUGAUAAAGACAACAAGGAAAAGAGAGACAGGAGAGAUGACAGGGAGAGGAGAGAAGAUAGGGAAAGGAGGGACAGAGAUAAUCGAGAGGAGGACAAGGAGAAGAGAGAUGGGAAGGGAGAAAAAGAUGACCGGAGAGAGGGAAAAGAGAAAAGAGACGAGAAGAGAGAUGAUCGAGAGAGGAGGGAUGACUGGGAAAUAAAAGAUGACAAGAGAAUCGAUUGUGAAAGGAGAGAUGCUCGUGAUCGCAGGGACGAUGGUGAGGAGAAGGAUAGGAGAAGGAGUCCUAGGGCUGGGAAACCAGAGACUAUCUUGAGACCUGUAGAAGGGAGUCGUCCGGUGGUCAGACCCCACUCUGAGAUGGAGCUGAGGCCCAGUCUCCAGAAGACCUCCUCAGAGGACCUCCGUACCAGGGUCCGCCCUGCCUCCGAGACUUACUGUGGAAGCACCUUGCCCAGGUACAUACCAUCUGAGGAGACCAAACGAGGGGAAACCCGCGGAAGAGCAGAGUCCACUGGUGUCCGCUUCGCUCCUGGCCCCACCCCAGACUCUGACUCCGCCUUUAACUCGUCCUCCUCCCGGAGAGCUCAGCCUCCUACCAAACAGGCCAUGCUCCCUCCCAAGGGCCAACCCACCACCACCUCCUCCACGGAGCCUGGCCGGACCUCCACCCCACCUUCCUCCUCCUCCUCCUCUACUUCCUCCACCUCCUCUGCUAUAGCGGUGGCCAAGCCACCCAGGACUGUUUCCCUGGUCAUCAGUGAUGACCCUCCUCCUCCUCCCAGCCCCGUCCCCCCUGCACGGUUUAGCCAUGUACCCCCAUCCUUCACCCCGGGAGAGUCAGCCACCCCUCCCCCUGUACCCCCCCAUGCCAAGCAGCCACCUGUACCCCCACCCAAACUCACCAACCGCAACAGCAACCCCGCUCUGCUUGCGGAGCUCUCUCAGGCUGGCAGUGGUGUCAUCGUGUUUCCUGCCCCCACCAGGCGCUCUCCACCCACUCCGCCCAAGAGGAUGACCCCCGUCACCAAGCACCUCUCCGACGACCUGUCCCCUGAGGCAGAGGCCUCCUUCCCCUCUAGUUCUGCCCCUGUUCCAGUCCCCAUACCUACUGUCUCUGUACCCCCCAGCACUGACCAAGAUGACAAUCAGGACACCCUUAAGGCAGUAGGCUUCCAACUACCCACCUCUGACCCUGCACCACAACCUCUGUCCCAUAUACCCAUGUCCACUCCUAGCUCCCACCCCCACCUACCUCUCCCCAACCCUGUCUCCGUCCCUCUCCCUAUCCAUCAGAAGGAUCCUCCCAGCCCCACCACAGAGCCACCCAGCCACCCCCCAGCCUCAGUCCCAGCCAUCCCUCUGCACAUCCUGAUCCAGCGGGCCCUGUGCUCCCCCAGCCCGGCCCAGGCUAACUCAGACGGAUCCCAGAGAGCCCACUCCAUGCUGUUUGAGUCCCCUCCAGAGUUCCUCACUGAGGCUGGAGGCCGACGCUCUCUACCCGUCACCAUAGAACUGCUCAGACUACCUGAGGAUGAUGACUUCAACAUGGAGGAGGAGUUGGAGAAGCUUCACCCCAGGCGGAUGCUGCCCUCCCAGCCCCCCAGGCAGCCUGAGCUGGAGUCCAGGAACAGAAGGGGUCUGAUAGGGGAACCCAGGGUCAGUGUGAUUCCAGAGGGCCGGGGGCCCGGAGACAGCAGUGAGGAGGAUGAAGAUGAGGAGACGGACUCUGACGGACCCAUCCUCUACAGAGAUGACGAUGAAGACGAGGACGAAGAUCCACCAAGUGCCUUGGCGAGCCGUGUGACGAGGAAGGACACCCUGGCCCUGAAGCUGGAGAGACAGCAGGAGAGAGAGGAGCAGGAGGGAGGAGAAGGACAGGACGGAGUCGGCUGGCAGAGCAGAGAGCAGUGGGAGGCACUCAGGAACAAGAUCGGUACUACGCUCAACAGGAGGUUGAGUCAGAGACCCACAGCAGAGGAGUUGGAGCAGAGAAACAUCCUUCCAGCCAGGAACGAAGCUGAUAUCAGGGCAGAGAGGAGCGAGAUCAAACGCAGACUAACCAGAAAGCUGUCCCAGAGGCCCACCAUAGCAGAGCUUCAGGCCAGGAAGAUCCUGCGUUUCCAUGAGUAUGUAGAGUGUACCACAACUCAAGAUUACGACCGACGUGCAGACAAACCCUGGACCAAGCUCACUCCCUCUGAUAAGGCUGCCAUCCGCAAGGAACUUAAUGAGUUCAAGAGCUCUGAGAUGGAGGUUCAUGAAGAGAGCAGGAUCUAUACCAGAUUCCAUCGGCCUUAGCUGUGCUCCCUGGCCUGGCUGCAAAAGAAGCACUAAAAUGCAAUACGGAGCCGGGGGUUUGCAGGACUUCAAUAUGGAACGCACAGACCCCCUGGUGACUGCAAUAUCUUGUCCUGGAACAAGCCUGUUCCUCUCCCGGAAGGCACACUAUUGAUGGCUGAAAUAAGAAAAAUGUAACAUUAAAAACAGAAAACAUCAACAAAGAUGAAUUGUCCUGGAACAAGCCUGUUCCUCUCCCGGAAGGCACACUAUUGAUGGCUGUAUCUGAAACCAUGGUCUGUCUGUGACCAUGGACUAUGAAUCUGUUGAUGUGGUCCCUUGGUCUAUCCAGUCAUUGUUGAAGCCACGGACUAGAUGUGAGGCCCAUCGGUCCAAGCCCUCAGAUAUGAAACCAUGGUGGUACUGGUACUACUGUACUGCAGCGUUGAGCUUCCUGACAAGAUGACCCACGGGGAAGCAGGAGGAGAACAACAGAGGUGGUGGUUUAGGCCUAUUUCAGAGGACAUUUUGUUACUUCCCUGUGCCAACACUGUGACUUACGAUAUGCAUGACAAAAGGGACAGAGAUUGACAGAGAAUGUCCUUUUUUGUUCAUCACAUCUACAUUCUCUAUGUCGCUAGCUAAGGCAAGAAUAUUCCCAAGAGGCCUUUCUGUACCUGCUUUUUAGACUUCCCUCAACACUUUGCCAUAUUUUUAUUUGAGAAGAGGAAAGAAUUGUGUACGUAUUGUAUUGAUUGUUGAUCAUGAUGAUGGUUGACAUUAGUACACGGUGGUACUAAUGAUUUAAUGUCCAAAUAAAUGAGAUACUGAACUUUCUUAGACUACAUGACACUGGUGAAACCCUCCAACUUGUGUAUGGGUACCCACUGGUACUAGCCUUAUCGCUUUUGGGACAAUACAUGGAGUGGUAUGGAAACUGUACAGAGGAAAUGUGAAAUGGCUAUAUGUAGCCUACAUAUAUCGGUGACGGGUUUAGUUAAAGGAAACUCAAAUGUAGCCUCAACUAGUCAGCUUACUAGCUGUUUUACAUAGACCUAGAUCUUAUUCAACAGCUCCAUUCUCCCCAUACACAAUGAUGUGCAUUUUACUGUAUUCUGUUGAUUUUCUGACAGCCAGUAAUACAAGCUGACUAAUUGUUUUUUCAGGCAUAGUAAUAAGGCACCGUAUUGUAAAAAUUAAAUUGUACAAUUUGAAACGUUAGAAUAAUUUAAUAAGACAUAACAUAAAGCUUACAUGCACUAUAAUUAUUUCACGGAUGGUGUUGAAGACCUGCGGCAGGAACAUGGAUAUAUUUUUACUUUUUUUUUUAUGUUACUUUGUAUGUAGGCCAAUGGUUGGCCUCAGCUGUAUAAACUUAUCCUGUAGAUUUGACUUUAUAUUAAAUACUGCAUGUCUUCCUAAUGUGUUUUAAAUAUAAUUAAAGUAUUACAACAGUGCUAUUUUCUAAUAAUGUUACAGAAAUUGGUACAGAAAAAGCGUCCCCUUAUUUUACAGAUGUUUUUUAUGAAGAGAUCUUUAAAAUUAUUUGCAAACCUAUUGUAUAAAUGAAUGGUCAACUUGCACUCAAAUUAAAAUAAGUGGUUUAUCAUAA